AGGGAUAAAUAUAACACAGAAACUUCAGAGAAAGAGAGAGAGAGACUGGAAAGAGAUAUUUAAAGCGCAGACAGAAGAAAGACACAGACAAAGAGACAGAAUCAGCCAUUUAAGUCACCAUGUUACUGAAGUAGCUGAUGAAAACAGAGAUGAACGCAGCAGCUCUGCGGCCAGUGAUCCGAGCAGGAGACGGAAGGACACUGUCCAGAGCAGAGUUCCUCUCACUGCUCAACACCUACAACUGCUUCCUGAAGGACCAGACGCAGCUGCACCUCGGUUUCUGUCAGGCAGCUGAUGGGGAGGUGGUCGUGGAAGGGUUCCUGAAUAUCUGCUGGGGCGUACGGAGGCCGAUCAGGCUGAAAAUACAGGACGACAAACAGAUGCUUCCCUUCGUCCCUGCGAUUGUCCCUCUGAUCCCACCUGACCCCGCCGGUCCACUCAGUCCAGUCAGUCCACUUGAAAACAAGAGGGGAAUGACACGGUGGGGAGAAUACGCCGACCUUCACCAGAUCGACGAGAUCUCUGAGACGGCACAGGAAACCGCCGUCGCCUGUCCUCUGCCAGGCCCCGUCGUUUACGAGACCACCACGCUGCGUCCCGUGAGGCAGAAGAACGCAGAGCUGGAGGACGAGUCCAACCUGUUCCGCUGCAUGAGCGACGCCUCACUGGUCAAGAGGAGAGGCAGAGGGAAGACGGCCGCGCAGAGAGAGAAGGAGAGACAGCAUCGCUUCUCUAUCAACGGACACUUCUACAACUACAAGACCUCAAUCUUCACUCCGUCCUUCGGUACCGCGACUAAAGUUCGUAUCUCCAGCAGGAUGAACACAAACCAGGUCAUUGAAGAGCUACUGAACAAGUUCAAGAUAGAGAACGACCCGCAGGAGUUUUCGCUCUACUGUGUUCACCAGAGUGGAGAAAAGAAGAAGCUGGGUAACAGAGAUCAGCCUCUGUGGGAGCGAAUACUGCAGGGACCCUCUGAUGACAUCAUGAAGAUCUUUCUGAUGGACAUGGACGAACGGGAAGUCAGCAACGACGUAGCCCAGUAUCUGAACCUGGAGCUUCCGAUCCUGGAGCAGAUUCUACUGAAACUCAGAGAGGAGGAGCACAGAGAGAUCCAGAGGGUCGUAGAGAAGUAUCAUAAGCAGCACAGACUCCUGUCCCGUAUGAUGAGCUCCAAGGUGUUGCCUCAUAUUGAGACCAGUGUCUGACCCCCGAUGUUCUGCGUCUCACAUGACACAUGACCACUCAUUCACAACCACAAAAAGAAACAACUUAGUUUGGACAAAUAUUUAUAUUAUUAAUGGACAAAAUACAUGAUAGGCCCAUUUUGUUUUUUUCAAUUUGACAAAGCAGGUCACUUUGGGUUUUUAUUCACAAAAUGAUUUUUUAAACUGUAAGAAGUUGUAAAUAACUGUAAAUAAAUGUUGUUUGCUGAAAAUGUUCCAAUGGUUUUACCUUUCUAUGAACACAAUAUAUAAUAAUGACUAAAACCCAUCAAAUUCCUAAUAAUAUCUUAAUUAAUAAUUAAUGAUCUCCUUUAUUGCCAUUGUAUAUACUUAAUACAACAAAAUUGCAAGUUCUCCCCCAAAAGUUGCUUUAAAAACACAUUCACAUGUAACACACAAACAAUAGUUUUACAAUCAUACAUGUAUAAUCAAUUAAAUUAUUAUAUAAGUUAUACUUAAAUGUCUGUUGCUCUGAAUUUGUAUAAGGUUUACUGUAUAUGUGUUUCCAGGCAGUAAGUGACGUUUAAUGGAGCAAUAUUUAUUAUGACGGGCACAACAAUAAACAGGUUACAGCUGAUCAAUGUACAGGAUUCUUUCAGACAAUUUGUUCCCAGUCUGGAAGCAAUUAAAGGAGAAAUAAAGAGUGGAAAGUCGUUAA